GUGCGCCUCGGCGGCCGUGGCGGAGGCGGUUGGCGUGGUGGGGCGAGCAGAGAGAAAAACGCCGUUUUUUCUCGUCCCCUUCAUUUGGUGCCUCGGUCCAAGCAACGCGUGGAGGGGAAGGGACGAGGUUCAGUUGCUGCCACUCGCUUUCCCCUCCGGGAUAACCGCACACGGGGUGGGGGGAGCGGGCACUACCGAGUCAGGCUGCUCCUUCCUCCCUCCCUCCCUUGCUUCCUCCUUUCCCUGCACAUCUCAGCCGCCUCCUCCUCCACACGUCCCCAGGGGUGAGCCUUUGAGUGGUGCUGGCCCAGGUGUGAGCAGCAGCGUGUGGAGCGUAACCUGUGCGGGAUGAGCAGCACUGUGGCCAGCCCGAUGUCAACGAUUGCCUCUUCAAGUGGCGGAAGAAAAUCGACAAGCUUUACGCCUGAAUUGCAAAGUAUGAUUUAGAGAACACUUAUCAAGACCAGCUGCUGUGGUGCUGUGGAUCCUGUCCAUGGACUCAUGGUGGUCUCCUGAACAACGUUCUUCAAGUUUGACAGGUUUUCCUUAGGAGAUGCACGCAGGCCACUGCAUGAAACUGCAAUACUGGUGGAAGACAUCGUUCACACACAACUGAUAAACUUGUUGCAGCAAGCAGCUGAAGUUUCUCAGCUGAGAGGAGCUCGAGUCAUCUCUGCUGAAGAUCUCCUGUUCUUAAUGCGCAAAGAUAAGAAGAAGCUUAGAAGGCUACUUAAAUACAUGUUUUUUCGAGACUACAAAUCUAAAAUUGUCAAAGGAAUAGAAGAAGAUGACCUCCUUGAAGACAAAUUCAACAGUAAUAACACCAACAAACGGCAGAAGCUUGCUCAAGACUUUCUCAACUCCAUUGACCAGACUGGAGAGCUCUUGGCCAUGUUUGAAGAUGAUGAGAUUGAUGAUGUCAAACAAGAGCGGAUGGAGAGAGCAGAAAGACAAACACGAAUGAUGGACUCGGUCCAGUAUGCAGAAUUUUGUGAGAGUCGGCAAUUGAGUUUUUCAAAGAAAGCUUCCAAGUUCCGUGACUGGUUGGACUGCAGCAACAUGGAAAUAAAGCCAAAUGCAGUUGCAAUGGAGAUUUUGGCAUAUUUAGCAUAUGAGACUGUGGCACAGUUGGUGGACUUGGCCCUUUUGGUUAAGCAGGACAUGGCUCCCAAAGCUGGUGACCCAUUCAGUCAUGCCAUAUCUGCCACCUUCAUACAGUAUCACAACUCUACUGAGCCACAUCUCUUAGGGCAAUCCACAAGUGUGAAGACCGGUCUUGACUCUCCUGAAAACACACCACCUCCUACACCCACACCCCCAGCAUCAGCAGGACAGCAACAUCUUGGGAAAACCCCAUCAGGAGCCCUGGGGAAUGGAGGAAUUGGACAGGACUCUACCAAAUCCAAACAGAGGAAAAGAAAAAAGAGCACUGCAGCCUGUGGUACCGAGGCUCAAAGCGAUGCCAUCCAGCCCAGCCACAUCAGAGAGGCCAUUCGACGCUAUGGCCACAAGAUUGGCCCCCUUUCCCCAUUCACAAGUGCCUACCGCAGGAACGGAAUGACUUUUCUCGCCUGCUAAUAUGGAUGUGGCUGCAGCAACAGGAAAGACAGUGUUAUAUUAAGGUGAUUUUCUUUUCCCCUCCGUGGAAGGAAAAAAAUAAAAUAAAAUACAAGCUCCAAUGUCUCCACAUACCAGUGAGUGGGCUGGUUUGUUGUGACUAUCUGCCGGCUGACUCUGUCUCUUUUUCCAGCCCCCUCAAUCGUUAUUCUUGUUUACAAGCGGGAACGUUUAGCUAAUUAAUGGCAGGAUGUUUGGGAUAGGGUGUAGGUGGACAAGAAUGCAGAUCAGACAAUGCUGAAGUUUGCAGGGGACUUGCUGCUGUCAGCCUCUUUCCGAAAAGCCAUGUCAGUUUUAUUUGUUUGUAAGUCUGUAUGUUCUCCUAGAGAUGUUGUUUUGUAAAGGAGGUUGGGGCAGAAAGAGGCCAGGGAUAGGCUGGGUUAUAUAGGAUUAUAUGGGUUAUAUAAAGGUUAUAUAGGUUUUCCUUGUGAUUUUUACUCUUAAAAAAAACCUGUUUUCAACUGUUUUCCACUGAUUUCUCUCAACUGAUUUUUAAGCGUUCAGACAGUGUAGCCCAGUUUAAUCCAAUAAGGGGCUUUUUAAUGGGUGUAAUACUGAGUUCAGAUCCAAAGAUACUCAGAAAAAUAGUUCAUGUGAACUGUACUUUACCAGUUAGAGACUUAACUUUCUGCAGACCCAAGGAUGGGCUAAGUGACCAGCCCUAGAUUAUCAAUUUUGCCAUCUGUAUUUUUAUUCAUUUCCUCUCCUAGGGCUUGAGUCUUCCUCUGAAAUCAAGGAAAGCCUUUCAGUGAUACGCCCUAUUCAGAAAAAUACAUCCUAUAAGCAUUUAACUGUGUCUGUCUCAGUGGUUCCAGGCAAAGGCAUCAUGUUAUGUAUUUGCUGCAGGAAGCAGAUGUUGUCUAUUUUGUUGACAAAGGCAGCGUUACUGUUGGAUUUGGUUGAAGAAGAAAAAUGGGCUCUUUUUUUGCCUUCUUUUUAUAUUUUAGUUCACGUUGCUUGUUUUCAGACUUAUUUUUUUAAAUCUCAGUUCCUCCCUCUAAGCUUCUUCCCAUCCACUGCUCCUCCAGCCUUUGCUGGCCUCACCAACACAUUCAUUUCUUCCCAUAAAAACUGUACAAAUAUAGAGCUAACCGCGAUUAUGCUUGACCAGAGAAAAGCGCUGAUGCCUCAGCCCAUCAGCAGCAUCUACAGGCACUUACUGCUCAUGUCCCUGUGGUACCCUUGGCCCUGGGGUCUGAUUCAGCUGCUCUUAGCCCAGGCUUGAAAUCUCACUUAAACCUCAAAUUAAGACAGGGUGCUCAAGGGAUCGAGAGGAGAUCACCGAAAUAUUACUUUUAUGUAGUGCAGCCGCCGUCGUCCUUUGUGCUUAGUAUGUGAGGUCUUAAUUUUUGCUCCCACUUUAUGUUCCUGUGGUCACUUGUAAGUGGAUUUGUUGCCCUGCUUUGCUGGACCUGCUUGCAAAAACUGUAAAAAUUUGUAUGUAUCUUAAAUAAACAGAAAAAUGUCUCUUCUCCUUGCAACUGAAAUGUUGUAAAAGUGAGCUUUUUGCAUCAAAUAUUGCUGACAUUCAUAAGUUGCUUUUUUUUCUUUUACCUGCUUACUCUUCUAUUUCUGGAAUUAAUCUGUGUGUAAAGGGCUAAAAGUAAUGUGUACAAUGCAGUGUAUUAAAUGAAGGGGGGGGACGUUUUCUGAUGUUCCAUCUGUGCUUCUUGAAAUAUGUGAUUAAACUGUUCUUUUUAUCAUCA